UCGCAUGCUUGAUCUGCACAUGCACACGCUACCCGCUGCCAAUUGUAUUUAUGGUGGCACUGUUCCCACCCUGCUGGCGCUGUAGCUUUAUGGAUCUUUCGCUUCUUUCUUACUUUUUAAUCUUGCUGCAUCGCUAGAAGCUGUUGUCUUGAUUCGUAUACCCACGGUCACCGUCGGCUCGCGUCCCAUCACCAAACAUACCGUCGCCAUCAUGGGGUUGAUCGAAGCCGUCAUCGACCAGCUAUGGUCUAUCUGGGCAGUGCCUGCUCUGGGAGGUGCUGUUUUCUUGUCUUUCCUAUACCCAUACUUUGUCACCUAUUCGGCUAUCCGUGACAUCCCGGCACCGUCCUACGCUGCUUUCUCCAACUUCUGGCUCAUGGGAGUUUGCCGUAGAGGCAAUCGCUACCAGGUCGUUGACGAGCAACACAAGCGACUUGGCAAACUUAUUCGAAUCCAGCCGAACCACAUCAGUGUUGCCGAUGAAGAAGCUGUCAAUGCAAUCUACGGUCAUGGAAACGGGUUCCUUAAGUCUGAAUUCUACGAUGCCUUUGUAUCUAUUCGCCGUGGCCUCUUCAACACCCGUGAUCGUGCUGAGCACACUCGCAAAAGAAAGCUGGUCUCUCACACCUUCUCGCCCAAAUCCGUUGGCCAGUUUGAGCCAUAUAUGCAGGCGAACCUGCAGCUCUUUGUUCAACAGAUUGAUAUCCUCAUUGAAAAAAGUCCCGAACGCGGUGAAAAGGGCCGUAAGGAGGCCCACAUCGACUGCCUACCUUGGUUCAACUAUCUUGCGUUUGACAUUAUUGGUGACCUCGCCUUUGGAGCGCCAUUUGGCAUGAUCCGAAAUGGAGUUGAUCUGGCAGAAAUUCGCGAAUCUCCAACCAGUCCCCCCAUCCUUGCUCCUGCUAUUGAGAUUCUUAACAGACGUGGUGAAGUCAGCGCCACGCUAGGCAUCUUCCCCUCUCUCAAGCCUUGGGCUCCCUACUUCCCCGAUCCUUUCUUCAGCAAGGGCCUCAAUGCUGUCAAGAACCUUGCCGGCAUUGCGAUUGCCAGCGUCAAGAACCGAUUGGACAACCCGCCUGAUGUUGACCGAAAGGACCUGCUCGCCCGACUACAGGAGGGCCGUGAUGACGCUGGAAACCCUCUAGGUCGUGAAGAGCUUACCGCCGAAGCGUUAACUCAGCUUAUUGCUGGUAGCGACACCACGUCCAACUCGUCGUGUGCUCUUCUCAACUACCUUGUUAGAAACCCGCGUGUGUUUACAAAGCUCCAGGCAGAGCUCGAUAAGGCGAUUCCCAACGGCGUCGAGGUUCCCACGCACGAAAUGGUCAAGGAUCUUGAGUAUCUAAACAAUGUCAUCCUCGAGACUCUCCGCCACCACUGCACUUCGGGUAUUGGUCUCCCCCGCCAGAUUCCCGAGGACUCGCAGGGAGCCACUAUCCACGGCCACUAUUUCCCCCCUGGCACCGUUCUAAGUGUUCCUACUUACACGCUCCACCACUCUAGCGAGAUUUGGGGCCCCGAUGUCGAAGAAUUCAGACCUGAGCGCUGGGAAAAGGCCACGGAGCGCCAAAAGAAGGCCUUUAUCCCUUUUAGCCAUGGAUCAAGAGCCUGUGUGGGACGAAAUGUGGCAGAGAUGGAAAUGAAGCUUAUUGCAGCUACUUGGGCUCGCCGGUACGGCGCUGUCGCCCGCCAAGGACCCAUGGAGACUCGGGAAGGCUUUUUGCGCAAACCUCUAGCUCUUGAAGUUGCUCUAUAUCGCCGUUAGUUAAAAGAUGAUUAGGAUGAUGUACAGGGUCGACCGAAAGAGUGUCCGCCCAAUUUUGUAAUAGAAAAAGAAAUGUACCUGCCCCACAUCAG